AAUAUUGACGAUUGUACGUCAUAUCAGAUUUAUUUAAGUUGACCUUGUCAAAGCGGCUAUAAUUCUCUCACUGUCAAAAUCAUGUCUGAGCCAUGGAUACUCUCUGCAAAGUUACUGUUUGGGAUCAUUUUAAUGCACACAUGUCUCAACGGCGUUAAUUCCAUACCAGUCGCCGAUGAGGUAGUGAAAUUACCAGGCCAACCGCCGGUGACAUUCAAGCAGUUUGCAGGCUACAUCUCCCUCGAUGAAGCAAAACCGAGAUCUUUGUUUUACUACUUUGUUGAAGCUGAAUCCAAUUCAUCUUCCAAACCGCUUGUGCUUUGGUUAAAUGGAGGACCUGGUUGUUCGUCUGUUGGAGAAGGGGCUUUUGUCGAGCAUGGUCCUUUUAAACCAAGUGGUAGUGUUUUGGUUAAAAAUGAGUAUAGCUGGAAUAAAGAGGCAAAUAUGUUGUACUUGGAAUCACCAGCAGGAGUAGGAUUCUCUUAUUCUGUUGAUAAGUCCUUUUAUUUAUCAGUGAAUGAUGUUAUUACAGCUCGCGACAAUCUCAAUUUUCUAGAGAAAUGGUUUGAAAACUUUCCAGAGUACAAGAAUAGAGACUUUUACAUCACAGGCGAAAGUUAUGCAGGACACUAUGUUCCUCAACUUGCAAAUCUCAUACUUAAGUCGAAAGCCAAGAUCAAUCUCAAGGGAAUCGCAAUCGGUAACCCACUAUUGGAAUUUAAUACGGAUUUUAAUUCAAGAGGGGAGUAUCUCUGGUCUCAUGGUUUAAUAUCGGACGCUACAUAUGACUUAUUCAAUAAAGUUUGUAACUACUCAACCAUAAGAAGACAAGCCCAAUACAAGUCUAUGACCCCAAAAUGCUCUCAAGUCUCAAAUCAAGCUUCAAGAGAAGUCGGUCGAUUCAUUAACUCUUAUGACAUCACUCUCGACGUUUGUUUAUCAAAUGUUUUCUCCCAAUCACAAGUUCUCCUCAAUAACUUCCAAGGCACGGAGACAAAGAUAGAUGUUUGUGUGGAGGAUGAAACGAUCGAGUACUUGAACCGAAAAGAUGUUCAAACCGCUUUACAUGCUCGGCUCAUGGGUGUCAGCCAGUGGGGCCCGUGUAGCGAGGUUUUGAACUAUGACAUGCACAAUUUAGAGAUACCAAUGAGUCCUGUGUUGACUUCCCUACUUAAGUCUGGCAUUAGGGUUUUUGUUUACAGUGGUGAUCAAGAUUCGGUCUUACCUUUAACCGGGACCCGAUCAGUGGUGAACAGUUUGGCUAAGGAAUUACGGUUGAAUACAACUUUGCCUUAUAGGGCAUGGUUUAAUGGCAACCAGGUUGGUGGAUGGAUACAAGUAUAUGGUGAUGUUUUAUCUUUUGCAACGAUAAGAGGGGCAGCGCAUGAAGCUCCAUUUUCUCAACCGGAGCGAUCACUUGCUUUGUUCAAAGGGUUUUUGGGUGGAAAACCGUUGCCACAAGCAAAUGAAAUCAAUAAAAAGGAUGAUCGUGUUAAUACAGUAAACCGUGUAUUGUGAAAAUAGGGUAAUGAAAACCAGUUUCACAUGUCUCUUUGACCCUUUGGGUUUUAAGGAAUAAUUAAAUAAAGUGUAACAAAUGUUUUGUGUCAUGCGUCUUGAAUGAGGCUUAAUGGAAGUUUGUUUGUCGGGUAA